UGUUGUUCGCUGCAUUGCGAUAAUUGUAAUAAAAAUAAAUUAUUUAUUUGUCCUGACUAUGUACACAUUUAUUGUUAAACAACUGCAGUUAUAAGAAAUGAAAUAGGUGCUUGUAUAAGUGAUUUUCUUGUGAAUUUCAUCACAUUUCGUGGAUAGGAAAUAAGGCCGCUCAUGUACUUACAUACGCUAAAAUGAGCAAACGACGCCGUGCUUCCUCUGUUGCUAGCCGGGGUGCUGAUGGUGAUGAUAGUGAUGAUGGAGUGGAGCUCAGCAACCCUGGGCCACCGCCAUCUAGGAAGAAGAAGAAACUGGACCCAGGUGAAAUUUGCCAGCAGUUGUAUGACACAAUAAGGUCACAUAAAAAAGAAGAUGGUACUUUGCUCUGUGACUCUUUCAUAAGAGCUCCUAAAAGGCGGCAGGAGCCCCAGUACUACGAAGUCGUCACUCAGCCUAUUGACUUGUUACGAGUUCAACAAAAGCUAAAAACUGACACAUAUGAAGACAUAGAAGAGCUGUCUGCGGACAUAGAACUACUUGUUAACAAUGCAAAGGCGUUCUACAAACCUGACUCAGUGGAAUACAAGGAUGCCAUUGACCUCUGGAAGCUGUACAAACAGACUAAACUGGCUUUGGAAAAUGGCGAGGAGAUAAAAACUUCAAAGCUAUCUCGCAAUGGGUCUUCAAGCCGCCGAUCUGACGUGGCCGAAGAUAUAUCGGAGACAUCAACCAACAACGAAGAAGACAUCUAUGAGGAACUGUUCAGUGCUGUAAUGACAGCAAACGCAGACGGGCGACCGCUCUACCCGGCAUUCCAAUUCCUCCCCUCCAAACGCCGUUACCCAGAGUAUUUCAGCGUGAUAGAUAACCCCAUAGAUCUGAAGACCAUCGCAGCCAAGAUACAGGGUGGGGAGUAUGUCAGCCUGACAGAACUGGAGAGAGAUCUUCAACUGAUGGUCAGAAACGCAUGUGCUUUCAAUGAGCCAGGCAGUCAGAUUUAUAAGGAUGCUAAGAUGUUGAAAAAGGUGAUCCAGGUCCGCAAGCAAGAAAUAGACCAGCACGGUCGCAGCGGGCCAGCCAAGACCUCGGAGAGGAUCCGCAGCAAGAGGAGUUCCCGAGUGGGGCCCGUGCCCAGCAGCAAGGAGCUGGCCAUCAUGGAGCCCCCGGAUUGCGACGACGCCGAUGUCAAGCACUCAGAAGACAGUGGCGGUGAAAGCGACGAGGACAAGAUUGAAUACGAGAACUCUCCGCUGUGGAAAUUAUAUGAGACUGUCAGAAAUCAUUUGGGAGCUAAUGGAACCCCAAUGGCCGAUCCAUUCGCGAAGCUACCGUCCCGUCGCGCUUACCCGGACUAUUACAAGGAGAUAAAGAACCCGGUGUCCCUCAACCAGAUCAGGAAUAAGAUCCGCCGCGGCGCCUACGGGACCCUCUCCGAGGUGGCGGGCGAUAUGAACAUCAUGUUUGAGAACGCCAAGCAGUACAACGUGCCCUCCUCCAGGCUUUAUAAAGACGCUGUCAAACUGCAGAGGUUGAUGCAACAACGGGUUCAAGAAUUGCUGGACAUUAUCCAGAGCUCAUCAAGUGAUGAUGAGAGUCUUUCCACAGUGAAGAGUCAGAAUGAGAAGACGCCUAGGCCCAGAGGUCGUCCCCGCGUUAACCCCAUACCGGCCACAGCUUCGCCCGCCCCCUCACCGUCUGUACCCAAAUCCUCACUUCCUUUGAAGAAGAAGCUGCACUACAUCUCCAAGCAGAUGGUGGAGUUCACGUGCGCUGACGGCCGCCAGCCCAUGUUGCUCUUCAUGGAGAAGCCCAGCAAGAAGCUGUACCCGGAGUACUAUAACGUGAUCGACAGGCCCAUUGAUAUGAUCGCUAUUGAGAGUAACAUUAAGAACGACCGCUACAACUCCCUAGAAGAAAUGGUAUCAGACUUCCGUCUUAUGUUCUCGAACUGCCGCCAGUUCAACGAAGAAGGCUCCAUGAUAUACGACGAUGCGAACCUCCUCGAGAGAGUUCUCAACGACCGCCUCAAAGAACUCCACAGCGGCGGCAACGUGGAGACUUCUCAGAAGAGAGCCGCCGUGUUGAAGACGUUCAAAGCGGCCAAAUCUAAACAGUUGUCGCCGUUAGAACAGAAGCUGAGGACGCUGUAUGAUGCUAUCAGAGAUUAUCGGGAUCCGAAAGCCAACCGCUUACUAGCACUGAUAUUCAUGAAGCUACCCAACAAAGUGGAGUACCCUGACUACUACGAGCUGAUCAAGAAUCCAAUAGACAUGGAGAAGAUAGCCCAUAAACUAAAGAACGGUGUCUAUAGUUCCGUGAACGAGUUGGCUUCCGAUUUUAUAUUGAUGUUCGAUAACGCUUGCAAAUAUAACGAGCCAGAUUCACAGAUAUAUAAAGACGCUUUGAUAUUGCAGAGGAUGUGUUUGCAGACUAAACAACUUUUAAGGGAGGACGAUGAUUCAGUGCCCGAUGUACCGGCCGCAGUGCAAGAGCUGCUGCUAAACUUGUUCACCACUGUGUACAAUCACCAAGAUGAGGAGGGCAGAUGCUAUUCGGACAGUAUGGCGGAACUCCCGGAACACGACGAGACUGCGAGCGGGGAGAAAGUUCGAGCAAUCUCCUUAGACCUGGUGAAGAGGAGGCUCGACCGCGGACAUUACAAGCGCUUGGAUCACUUCCAGCAGGACAUGUUCGCUGUUUUCGAGAGAGCGCGCCGUCUCUCUCGAACAGACAGCCAAAUAUUCGAAGACUCCGUCGAACUACAGUCGUACUUCGUGGAACAACGCGACAUACUCUGCAAGAACACUCUUCAGUCUCCGGCUUUGGCGUUCACACGAGACACGAUCACCACUAGCGUGGAGCUGGUCAAGCAGUGCAAGUUGUUACAGGAGAACGAAGACGAGGAUGAGACUAGAUCGAGCACGGACGACUCGAUGCCGGCCGGCAGCGCCCCCCUGGCGCAGACGCAGUACAACAAAGGCGACUUCGUGUACGUCCAGCCGGAGAAGGGCAACAAGGAGCCCGCCAUCGUGCAGGUGGAGCGGGUGUGGACCAACAAAGAUGGCGUCCCCAUGAUGUACGCCAAUGUGUACUUCCGCCCCCAAGAAACAUUCCACGUGCGCACGCGCAAGUUCCUGCAGCAGGAGGUGUUCAAGACGGAGACGCACCGCAGCAUCCCCUUAGACCAGGUCAUCGGCCAUUGCUACGUCAUGAACGUUAAGGAGUACUUCAAGUUCAAGCCUGAAGGAUAUGCCGACAAGGACGUGUACGUCUGCGAGAGCCGCUACAGCACGCGCAACCGCUGGUUCAAGAAGAUCAAGGUGUGGGAGGGUGCCGAGAAGGAGGCCACGCUCGUGCCCAGAGAGGUACCCCUGGAGCCGAGUCGCACGGUGUCAGUGUUCCGCGAGCGCGUGGAGAAACACAAGGAUGAGCUGGCUGAACUCGAAGUGCUGGAGAAUGUGCAGGAGAAGGAACGACCGGACGUAGUGAUGUACAACCCGCUAGGCACAGACGACGAGAACACGUAUUACGAGCAAUACAACACCGUCUGCUCGGGGGUCAUCAAGACCGGCGACUACGUGUACGUGGUCACCGAUGGCGGCAAGCAGAUGAUCGCCCAGGUCGACACCAUCUGGGAGACGGGCGAUAACAAAUGCUACUUCCGAGGACCGUUCUUGAUCUUCCCGUCAGAAGUGGCGAACAUCAUCAACAAGCCGUUCUACAAACAAGAAGUGUUGCUGACGACGAUCCACGACACAAGCCCACUAGUGGGCAUCGUGGGCAAGUGUGCCGUGUUAGAUUACGACGAUUAUCUCAAAUGUCGCCCGACAGAGAUACAAGAGAAUGAUGUGUUUGUAUGCGAGUCAGUUUACGACGAGUCUAACCGCGUCGCGAGGAAGCUGAAGGCCGGACUGAGGAAGUUUGAGCACACUAAAGAUGUCACAGUCGAUGAGGUGUACUAUUUCCCGAAGCCCCUGGGCCCGCCGCCUCUAGCUACGCCGCACGAGGUUCACUCUACAUCGCACGCCUUCUCGCAAAAACAGUACAACACUAACGUACACGCUGAUUCUAUGGACAGCAAACCGCAGUUCACCAACCUCAUCAACACGACGAUAGGCAGCCAGGACGUGGAGAUGAUUCUGGAGAACUCGCUCGAUGACUCGUCUCUAGCUUCGCCGGCCACGCCGCUUUCUAUUGGUGGCAACAGCAACCCCUACAACCCAUCAAUGUCGGCCACGCCCAGCCAAGAGAGGUCCCAACCUUCGGCCACACCACACAGCACGAAGAAGAAGAAGGAGUCCAAACAAAAGCUGGUCACGGGAUAUAUCUUAUACUCGAGCGAGGUCAGGAAGGCGAUCAUCGCGAACAACCCCGAGGCUACAUUCGGCGAGAUAUCUCGGAUAGUGGGCAACGAGUGGCGUUCACUGCCGACUUCUACCAAACAGAGCUGGGAAGAGAGAGCCGCGAGGUGCAAUGAGGAGACCUCCGCGAAGCUGGCGGAGGAGAUGAGGGAGCUGUCGCAACAUACUCCCAUGGAGAUGACUUACGAAUGCGCCUGGGACACGUGCGACUGCCAGUUUGAGGACCUCCAGGACUGCAUGGAGCAUUGCAUCGGGGACGGUGGUAACAGCGUGGCGGCAGCCGGCCACGUGCAGCAACACUACCGCGGCUCGUUCAGCGAGUACCCGUGCCUGUGGCGGAACUGCAACCGCGUGAGGAAGGGCCAGGCGCCAUUCCCCAACCUGCCGCGGCUGCUGCGCCACGUCAGGGACCUCCACGUCAACAAGGGCAACGGGCGCAUGAUGGCUCUGCAUGAGAGGUCUAGAAACUUCUUGCCUUCUACCAAGAAACCUCCCAAGGCGUUCACAGCACGAAGCGGAGUGAUGUCUCCGGGAGCGUCCCUCUCGGGCAUGUCCCCACUGGCGCGCAACUCCCCGUCGCCGGGCGCGGGCGCGGCGCUGGAGCCGGCGCUGGCGGCGCCCGCGCGCGCCGGCCUCGACCCGCUGUUCGUGGCGGCGCCGCCCCGGGCGCAGAGGGUUACCCACUCCGAGGCUUAUAUCAGAUACAUCGAAGGUCUUCAUUCAGAGCAGAAGUACAUCACUCCGUGGGAGAAGUCAUUGACCCCGAUGCCAAUCAAUCCGGACCCGAACCAGUUCAACUUGCACAAACUGCCCGCGCACUGGAUGACAGAAGAGGCCGUGAACGGAUUCCUUGCGCAGGACAAGAGUUUAUCAGAAACAGACAUACAGAAAAUGGAUAAUACCACGAAGAUUUUGAAAGGGUUGUGCUCACUAAGAGAUUUUCUUAUGAGGGACGCUUUGACCGUUUACAAAAAUCAGUUGUAAUCUAGGAAAAGAGGAAAGACAUCUGAAAUAAAUGAUCAGAAAGUUUUUUAUUGACCAAUCCUAUCUCUAGUUUGUCCGUUAAAAUCAUUGAAGAAGUAUUUCACAGACUUUAUUCCCUAAAUACGGGGUGGCUAUUGAGCUAAGACAAUCGCGCGAUCAUUUGCCUCAUUUAGAUCUUCUCGCGAGCAAAGUUUUGGAAAGUUAGGAUAAAACACAAAAUGUAUUUUUUUUUUUUAAUUUUACUUCUUUCUAAGAUCAUUGUGCAAAUCUAAAAUUAAGAUCCUUUUGUAAGUUAAGAUUAGGCUACUGUAUUUGUGAGCCAUAUAUAUUUGUUUGCACUAACCACGUUUAUGGUUAUUUAGAUAUAAGUACAUUAUAAGAUAGCGAAUCUUUAUAAGGAAAAUCUAAUAAAUCACCUUUAGUAAAUUGA